CCGGUGCGGGUUGAACUAAUGUUUCGGUAAUCGAUUUGUGAUAAUAACCCAUAACGCUGGUGUGCCACCGAAUUACCUCUGCUGGAAGGUUUACUCUCCAAGCGUGCUAGAGGUAUGGAACCUCUAGCGCGCUUAUCUGAUUGUCCGGCUUGUUGGAUGAUUGCCUUUUCCUGCGGUUGAGAUUUUUUAAGCUGGUGUUGAAAUUGCAGACAGAUCGGCAAAAGUUCCGGGUCCAAGCGACGGUCCAAACAAACUUCAUAAUUCGAGUAAUUACUGCCACCAGCCUCAACAGCAGCAAUAUUCCCAGUGGUCAAUCUCACCUUUGAUAAUUUUUUUCCUGUCCCAAACGAUUUGGAAAUGAUUGAGCUGCAAGAUGGAUUUUACUGUCUCAUCCGUCCCCCGGAACAAGUGUUACAAGUUCAUCAGUGUUACAAAAUGUUACCUAGGUACUUCCCGUUUCUGCUUGCUGCCGAUAUGGAUUAUACGAUACCCACCGAUAAUCACCUGCAUUGUCCGAUCUUGGGUAAAUUUUUUGGUGUGAAAGGAGAUCCACCCGGCACCCGGUUUGGUUUAAAAAAGGAAUACCAAGCAACUAAUACUUCGAGAUGUGGUCUGCAGAUAGCCUUUGGCGGAGGCAAGGAUAGCUGUGUUUAUAAAUCUGGCAACAAAACAUCCGUUGAGUGGCAGAAGAUUGCAAACAGCCAUCACCCCCAGCAGCAGCAGAAGUUUCAAAUUUAAAAUUCAAAAUUAGAUUAGAACUUUAAAUCCAGAUUUUAGAUCUAGUUUCAGAUUCCGAUUGAGUUUUCAGUUUCCAAUUCAAUUUCAGAUUUAGUUGAGAUUACGAUUCAGAUUUCAGAAUCAUUCAUCAUUCAUUUGGGGUUCAUAUUUCAGUAUCUAAUUCAGAUUAUGGAUUCACAUUUUGAUCGGAUUUCAGAUUCAAAUUAGGAUUGAGAUAUACCAGUUUAGAUUUAGUUGUUCGAUUCAGUUUUAAAUUUGAGAUUCAAAUAUAGAUUAGGAUUUUAGAUUCAGAUUUCAAAUCUAGUUUCAGAUAGAGUAACGUGUAGUUUCCGAUUAAGUUUCAGGUUACGAUUCAUAUUCAGAUUUUAGAUUCAGAAUCAAAUUAAGAUUAAGGUUUCAGAUUUCAGUUUCCAACUCAGAUUUAAGAUUCACAUUUUGAUAUGAAUUUCAGUACAAAUUGAGAUUGGGAAAACUAUAGAUUCAAGAUGGUCUUAGAUAGCAAUUUCAGUGUGGAAGCCGCUUGCGCAGUAUCAAUUGCAGUCUUUGUAAUCAGCUAGCAGUACGAUAUCUAACCUACCUUCCCGAGAUUUUCAUUUCCACAAUAUUUAAAUUCUUCAAUAAAUUCUUCAUGUAUUUUCUUCUCUUCUGAAGAUUCUCACGACUGUUAGUGAAUUUUAUGUCGAAUAUGAAUAAGCAAAAAACAAAUAUGAGGUUAGCUGAAAACUGAAAAAUUUUGGGUAAUUUUUACUGAAACCCGUAAAACGUUCUAUUAUUUCAGCUUAUCAUGCACAGCGAAUAACACAAGAUGAUUCGAGUAUCCUGAAGACACUUAAGCAAGAAAUCUCAAUUCUGAUGAACACAGAUGGACAUAAAAAAGUCGAAUCGAUGUUUUUUCCUAAAGCGGUGUUUUAAUAACGCACGGCGUUCAACGUGAGGGGCACUUUUUUCCAGAAGACACUU